AAAUGGAUGAAAAUUCACAAAAAAGAAACUUAGAAGAAGCAAAUGAAGAUAGUUUUGAGUUAGAAGAAGAAAAUACAACAAGCAGUUCUAAUUUACUAAGUUUAGCCAAGAAAAAAAAAACUAGAAAGUUUGCUAAAAUAUGGGAUUAUUAUAUUCAAGGUGUAGAAAAAAGUCAUAGCCAUUAUGAAGCUACUUGCUAUUAUUGUAUUUCUAAACAAACUUGGGCAAGAGGAAAAUCUGCAAAACUAGAAGCACAUUUAGCAAAUAAAUGUCCAAAUUGUUUAGAAAAUAUAUCAUGA